AUGGCAGCAACAAUGAAAGCAGUAGUCAUCUACGAAGCCGGCGGCCCAGAAGUCCUCAAGGUCGAAGAAAGACCCAUGCCCACUCCAAAACCAGGCUGGGCCCUCAUACACGUAAAGGCAUUUGGUCUCAAUCGAUCCGAGAUGUUCACCCGUCAAGGCCACAGCCCAGUCCAAUUCCCGCGCAUCCUCGGCAUCGAAGCCACUGGCCUGGUCGAACACGCCCCCAACGGCGAGUUCGAACAGGGCGACAUCGUAGCCACAGCCAUGGGCGGUAUGGGUCGAGUCUUCGACGGUGGCUACGCAGAAUAUACCUGCGUCCCAGCCACCCAAGUCCAGAAGCUGAAGACGAAACUACCAUGGGACGUCCUAGGAGCCUUGCCCGAAAUGCUGCAAACCGCCUACGGCAGCCUCUUCAACGCCCUGCAACUCCACAAAGGCGAAACCCUCCUAAUCCGCGGCGGCACCACCAGCGUCGGCCUCGCCGCCGCCGCCAUCGCCAAAACCCACGGCAUAAAAGUCUACAGCACCACGCGAAACCCCUCCCGCACCGCCCUCCUGAAACAGCACGGCGCCAGCGAUGUCUUCCUCGACAACGGCGCCAUCGCCACCGACGUCCAAACCCGCACGUACGGCGGCGUCCACAAAGUCCUCGAACUCAUCGGCACCACCACCCUCCUCGACUCCCUGCAGUGCGCCCGACCCCACGGCAUCGUCUGCAUGACGGGUAUCGUGGGCGACUCCUGGACUUUGCAGAACUUCGAACCCAUGGGCGCGAUCCCGAAUGCGGUCUGCCUGACCAAGUACGGCGGCGGACCGGAGGAGUUCAUGGAGACGCCACUGCAGGAGCUGGUUGAGCGCAUUGAAGCUGGGGAGUUGGAGGUCAAGGUCGGGAGGACGUUCAAGCUGGAGGAGAUUGUGGAGGCGCAUCGCGUGAUGGAGGGGAAUGAGGCUGGGGGGAAGAUUGUGGUUUUGACUUGA